AUGAUUGUGAUAAUUGCCGUAAAACUGGUGGUCAAGAGUGCGGCCAUUGAGAUAACAGGUCUCGGAUGGCAUUCGCCUCAACUGGUGUUCAGUUCCCGAUAUUUCUUUGUCUGGAAUCAGUCGGUGACGAGUGUUGUGAUCACAUCACCAGACAAUGGAUGCCGUGUUUGGCACCAAAUGUUUAACGAAACAAACUUUAUGUCAAACUUAACGAUAAUUCGGUACAAAGUGUUGAGCGAUGUCUGUGUCGGCGGUCUUGAGAUGAGUUUGUUGGGCACCGACGGGGAUGUGUUGGCCCGCAAAGUGGUGACCGAAGACGUGUGGAGCGAGCGGUGUGUCUGCCGUCGACCCGAUUGGUCACAACUCAUGAAUUGUGACCAAAUGUCACAACAGUUUACGCAAAUUGAUAGCGAUUUGAGUCGUUUCAAUACAAGCGAUGGCAUAGACUUUGACAAAGUGUUGGAUGAGAUGCAAACCCGGUUCGCGCCUCACAAUAGGUCUUAUUCUUUCUGUCACUACCAGAUUGUGGACAAUGAGGCAUACAAACAAUGUUAUGGAGAAUACGUCGGUUUCGCGCAAUUCAUUGAUGAGAUCUUGAAGUCAUUAUUGGCGAAGACAUCACUGCCUGACUUUGAAUUCGUGUCCAAUUUAGGCGAUUGGCCACUAAGUGACAAACGAACAAAACCUCCGCUUCCAGUGUUCUCGUGGUGCGGAUCCAAAGACUUUAACGAUAUUGUGAUCCCAACGUAUGAAUUAACCGAAUCCUCUCUUCAAAUGCAGGUCUAA